UUGUCUUGAUUCAACUAGGUCGGAGAGAGGUGUAUAUCGGGAACCCUCCCACAUUGUCGUUAGUCGAUUUGCAUCCAUCCACACUCAUUGGCUUCUGCACACCAGUGAUGCGUUCGCUUAUUUGGAUUUUGGCUACGACGUUAGCUGUGGCACUAGGCGCUAUUAGCGAAGCAGACGUACCUGUAGUAAUUCAUCUCCCAGCACAACACCACCGUCCAAGAUUUUUAGGACAGGUUGUCCCACCACGUGCUGUUAAUGCGGCCCCACGCGCCCCAGCCCCAACUAUUGCCCAAGAAAAGGCUAUCGCCGUUCCACAACCACAACAACCAAUUGCCCUCCCACCAGCACCACCAGCAGCGCAACAACCAGUGUUGCCAGUGACCAAUGGAGAUCAAUCAUUUGCUCCAAGAGUUGGAGCCGCCAUUCCACCACCUCCACCAGUCAAUAUUCCAACUGAUGUUCAAAACCAGCUUAUCAAAUUCUUUGGACUUGACUCGUUUGGAAUUCCAGGACUUACUGGCAACCAUCCAGAAGGAUUCGCUGGAGCCGUACAAGAGAUGAGAGCUGCCGGAAUUCCAGUUCCAGGAAUUCCAGCCGAACAGGUUAACCCAGAAGCUGCCGGAGUCAAGACCGUUACCGAUGAUGUUCUUGCACAAGCCAAUCCAAAUUUCCAAGACCAACUUUCCCAAAUUCAAAACGCUGUAAACAAUCCAGGACCAUACAAGGGAGGAGCAAAUGUUCCACUUCCAGCUGAGCAACCAGGAGAGAAUGGUCUUAUCGGACUUCUAUCUAACUCUAUCAGAAAGGUCAUCAAGGAGACCGGAGUGAGCGAUGCCCUCUCCAACUCUCUUCCAAACCUUCUUGGAUCUGGAUCAGGAGCUGAUUCAUCAUCUGCCCCAGCUGCAUCAUCCAACAUUCGUCGUGCCCCACAAGCCGCAGCUUCAUUCGAUGACGCUGUUGCUACUGUUUCUGCAUCUGCUGCAUCAUCUUCUAACAUUCGCAGACAACCAUCUGCUGCUCAAAGAGCCCUUUCUGGUUUUGCGGCCGCUCUCGGAGGAGGAGGCAACAACUCUCCAACUCAUGCAGGACUCCCAAGAAUUCCAGGAAUCCCACUUCUUCCAGGAGGUAUCCCAAGAAACUCUCAAGGACAAAUUGACAUCGUUAGUCUGAUCGGAUCAGUUACCAAGCGUGUAUCUAACGGAACCACCCUUUCUGAGCUUCUCCCACCAGAGAGACUCCAAACUCUCGCUGACAAUGUCACUGAUGCUCUUCUCCCAGAAACACCAACUGUCGAUCUUUCCAAAUUCAUGGGAAGAUGGUUUGAGGGAAUUAACUCUCCAAGAGCCACCGAACAAAGAUGCGUUGUUCAUCAUUACGGAGGACUUACCCGCAAUGACAAAACCGCCACUUUCACCGCUCUCAAGGUUUACAGAGAAGGAUCUGAGUUUGGACCAGUCAAGUAUUCUCUUGGGUAUGCUUUCCGUGGAGGAAACAAAGAUGCCAUGCUCCAACUUCACUCUUCUGAAACAAGUGACGCUCAACCAUUCUGGAUUUACAAACUUGGACCAGAGGGAAAGAACUCAUUCGGAGACUCCCAAUACGAGUACGCUAUCAUCUCCAAUUGGGUCAAAUAUCCAGUUACUGUUUUGGUUCGCGACCCUGAUACUUUCAAGACCAAAUACCAGAAAGAGGUUCUCCGUUGGCUUGAAGACCAAGGAUUCAUCAACGGAUUUAUCAGAGCAUUCAACCUUCUCCAACCAGCUGGAUACUCAACCUGUCAAUACGCAGACUCGACUUUUGAAGUUUUCGGAAAGUAAAUCCAACCACAGUCAACGAGUACAUUGGGCCCUCAGUCGCACCCACCAAAUUAAUUUUUACUGAAAAAUCUCUUAAAUGACCUCUUUCUCCUUCUCACUUUUAUUGCCUAUUUUUUCGCCAAACAUUCCCGCAUCAGUUUGCAAUUACUUGUUGUUGUACAGUUCUUAAUAAUUGCAUUAUAAAUUUAAUAACUCUUUAAUAAUAUAAGAACCCGCAUAAUAAAAAUUCGUAAUAAACAUUUCUUUCCA